AUGGCUGAGGAGCUGAAGAAGGAACAGGACACCAGUGCUCACCUGGAGAGGAUGAAAAAGAACCUGGAGGUCACAGUCAAGGACCUGCAGCACCGUCUGGAUGAAGCUGAGAACCUGGCCAUGAAGGGUGGCAAGAAGCAGCUCCAGAAACUGGAGUCAAGGGUUCGUGAACUUGAAAGUGAAGUUGAAGCUGAGCAGAGACGUGGAGUUGAUGCUGUUAAGGGAGUCCGCAAAUAUGAGAGGAGAGUGAAGGAGCUGACCUACCAGACUGAGGAGGACAAGAAGAAUGUGCACAGACUUCAGGAUCUGGUGGAUAAGCUGCAGCUCAAAGUCAAGGCUUACAAGAGACAGGCUGAGGAGGCUGAGGAGCAGGCCAAUACUCACUUGUCCAGGUUCAGGAAGGUCCAGCAUGAGAUGGAGGAAGCUCAAGAGCGUGCUGACAUCGCAGAGUCCCAGGUCAACAAGCUGAGAGCCAAGAGCCGUGAUCAUGGAAAGUCUGAAGCUGCUGAAUAA